AGAGAAAGAGAGGCAGUGCGAGAGAGACAAUCCAGCAUUCUCAACUCAUACUGAUAGAAGACAAACUGCAGAGCCUCUGCUGCACUCUUUCCACACUGUUAUGUGGAAGUACUUCUAAAAACCCGAUAUUAUUUUGCCCCCCUCCUCCCCCACACCCCUGAGGACAUUUUUGUUUCUUUAUCAAAUAAAUUGGGAUAUUCUGUGUGACAUGUUGCCCUCAUUUCCGCGAGAAUCGUGGCUUUCCUCUGAGUGCUCUUUGAACGUGCAGUGCUCUGGCUGUUCCCUGAUAAAGGUUGUUGGGGUUCUUCACAAGGAAUGACUGAGUGCUGAGGAACCAGGAUUGUGUGGGACACUUGUAAAGAACCAUCAAGAAGCAAAAGAGAGAAAACUACUCAAGAAAACAUAAAGGAAAAAGAGAAAAGCUUGGAACAAACAAAUAAAGAUAAAACACUUGUUGGGUGCAAAAUGGAUCGCCCUCCAUUUAGGGGUUUAUCUGAUGUGCCCUGAUAUUGGUCAACCUUGCAACUCAGCCCCUACCUUGGUGGCCCUGGCAGAAGAAUGGAUCCAGUACUUCCUUUUCGGAUGGACCCUGAAGGCCUGGAUCUUCAACAGGUCCCUGUAUUAUCCAUUGACCAGAUCCAUGCUAUAAGGGCUAGUAAUGAUUACGUAGAGCGCCCAGUGGCACUGGAGCCUGCCUCUCAGGUUGGCAUCUUCUAUGCACAUGAUGAACGACAUUCUCAGAUGUCUCGUAGUCAAAGUCAGCAUCAACAUUCCCACUUGGCCCACUUGAGCCGCUCCAGUACCGUCAGCUCGAUGUCCCGUGGCAGUGCUGCCUCAGAUCAGAGACUUCUCAUGGGACUAACACCAUCCCAUUCUGGUCUGGCCACUGUGGUUAGGUCCCAGCCCAAAGGUGACUUGAAACCAGACUCGCUAGGCAAAGGACUGGCUGAUGGCGAGGACUUAGGACUGCACCUCUUCAUCUGUGAAUGCUGUGGUCGCUGCAAGUGCCAGGAGUGCUGUGCCCCACGAAGUUUGCCCUCAUGCUGGACCUGUGGCCAGCGUUGCUUGUGCUCGGCCGAAAACGUCCUGGAAUAUGGCACUUGCCUGUGCUGUGUCAAAGGUCUGUUCUACCACUGCUCAGCAGAUAAAGAGGACAACUGCGUUGACCGGCCCUGCUCCUGCGCCCCAGCUCACGCCUGCUCUCGUUGGAGCGCCAUGGCCUUUUUGGCUCUCUGCCUGCCCUGCCUGUGCUGCUACCCCCCUGCCAAGCUGUGCCUCACCCUGUGCCAGCGUGGCUAUGAUCGCGCCAAUCGUCCUGGCUGUCGAUGCAGCAACACCAACACUGUGUGCCGCAAGAUCUCUGCCACCAAUCCUGUGCCCUUUCGCAAAACCCUGGAGAAGCCUGUAUGACAGCUUGGAUGAGCCUCUUGUAUUCCUUCUUGAAGUACUCAAUGAACUGACCUUCUCUAAACCAAUCAGGCCUCCCUGCAUCAUGUCCAUCCUUAUGCACCCUCUUUCCCCUUUUUAGUAAACCUUUGUCUAUUUAUUUAUUUAUUUAUUAGAUUUUCCUAGAUAGGGUUGGGUAAUGCGGACCAUAUGUAACACGUACAGGGAGUAAGCUAUCCGGAAAUGCAAAGGCUGUAUUGGAUAAAUGGAUCAUCUACAGGCUUGGAUGGCAUUGUUAAAGUUAGUCUUGAAUCUUCAACCUUGGACAAACUGUUGGCAAGCUGGCUCACUUUAGAUUCUACAUGGAUAAAGGGGUGCUGGUUAGGGAGAAACAAGAGCCUAACCAAAAAUUCUGACAGUAUAAGCCAAUUCUGUUUGACACCAAAAAAUGGGACCAUUUGAAAUUAGAAUAUUAAGCUCACCUAAGAGGGAUGUGUUGUAAGAGAGGCAGUCAAAAGAGACACUGUGUGUUCAUGAGACUGUGUAAGGAGAGACGAAGGUAAAAUGUGUGUAUGUGUGUGCAUGUAUGUAUGUCUGUGUGUGCAGUCUCAGGCCAGUGUCUGCAGUCAGCAAAAGCCUCUCCUUUUAUUUUUAGAGGAGCUGCUCUAAAAAGAUAAAGGGUCUGGUCAGGUUUCCAGCUCAGGGUAGCCUGACGCCAACUUCUCCCAACUGUUCUUACAUCCUCAACUCUUCUUUCUCUGCUGCGCAUUGUUUUUUCCAACUGCUGAUAGGAUCCUUGAUCUUUUAUGCAUCCAACCACGCUGUGGGACCAAACAUCACAAGUGACUGUCUGUCCACCUUGACAGUGCUCUCAGGAUGAGAUACAAGCCAUUGCUUAGAGAGCUCUUGGACAGAUUGGCCAGAAAAACCAGUAGGAUCAUGUCAACACAGAAUAUGAAUGGUUUUCUAUAAGCUAAGCAUUAAGUUAAUAUGAAACCCUCAGCCCUGAGAAGUAUCAGUAAAAUAAAGCCAUUGGGGGUCCUCUUAUUCUGCCAUACAUGGGCCAUGAGCAUCUCUAAGGACUUUAACCUCUCCUAACUGGCUCCAAGAGCUUCUCUUAUCAGCCCUGAAUGAUCCACAGGAAGUGAGGUAAAAGGAGACUAUUGUGUCAGCUGACAGGAAGAUGGGAUUGUACUGAGACAAGGGCUUAGACACCUGACCAGAACUGGACUGGCAUCCAAACAGGGAUGUAUUAUGAAUGAAAUCUGUUUCAAGUGUGUGUUCCUCCCCAAUAAUGCACAUCCUUGUGAGUUCCUUUGCUAUAUUUUUGUAUAUACAUAGAAUUGUUACUGUAUUUGUAUUUUUAUUCCAUUUGGUUUAAUCUGGUUAUUAUUAUUACCAUUAUUUUCUAUUACUGUUGGACAUUAACCUUGUCAGAGGCCUGGCUAAUUCUUAAGACUAACAAAAAGGCUGAUUUUGUAUUGUGGAGGAGAGGUCCCUUGAGGGUAACACUUGUUUUGCAAAAUCUUAAUAUUCUUGAUUUUGGUUGCACCUUUUCAAGCCCUUAUCACAAAUUGUUUUUGCUCUAAAACCUAAAGCAAUUCAUUACACUUAUUUCCACAUACAACAGAGCAUUGCAAAACACAAGAGAUGUUACACUAUGAGCAAAAUUUCAAUGUGCAAAACAGCUCAGAAUUGAAUGUUGAAAACGUUUUUCUUUAUUCAGACAAAAUGUAAACAGCCAGAAAAGUAUUUUUCACAAAUGUACAGUAUAAGACAAAAGAUCUUAAGUAGCCAAUUUCUGUCUAGUUUAGGGAUAGUUGCAGAACCUAGACAUAUUGUCUAUACUUUUGCUGGCAUGACAGCAGAGAAAACAUGCAUCAAUAUCAAAAUCAGUUGUAAGCUUUAAAAGAAAAUGACGACAGCCCUGUACAGUGUGAAAUAGUGAGAGGGGACCUCUCCUCCACAGUUGCAUCCCAAAAGAAUGGUUCCUCUGGAGAGGCUAUGAUAUGGGUAUAAAUUUCAAUGUGAAGGUACAUGCAAUUUACAGGAAUGCCUAACUGGUGCUGUCCACAUUCUCUUUAAGUUAACCACUAAACAUUCACCAUGUUGUAUUAAUAAGUAAUAUUGCUUUGGUACAUUUGGCAUCUUGUAAGUUGUAAAAGAAUUAAAGAAUAUAUAUAUAUAUAUAUAUAUAUAUAUAUAUAUAUAUAUAUAUAUAUAUAUAUAUAUAUACAGUAUAUAUAAAUCUAUACAAAUGAAUAUAUUAUAUAUAUAUAUAAAAAAUAUAUAUACAUUUUACACUUUUUGUUGUUGCUGAUAUUAUCGUAAAGCCACAGAUAUUUAUUUAAAUGGUUGCAAGGAAAGCUAUGUAUUUAUUUUUGGUGAAUGAUGAAAAGAAAUUAAAUGAAAGAUCCAUGUGAUGAUUUAAGCUUUUUUUCACAGUAGAGUGGAGGUUGUGGCCAUAAGGCCAAGGAUAAUAAAUAAAAUUUUUCAAAUAGCCUGGUUGUACACGACUUUCUUACAUCUGUGAUCAUGAGUAAAUAAUCUUUCAGUCAUGACAACUCUCUGAAUAAAUUUAAGGUGUUAUAAUAGUUGUGACAUGUUGGUAGGUUUGGUCUUAAUGGAUCUGCUUACGCAGCUGCUGCAGAGCAAGUACGAAAACUUGCUACUGCUAGAAAAUACACAGAGAUGCUGCAACAAGCAUGUAAGGCUUGCUGCUGCACAAUUAGACAUACAUACAAUACAACUGAUUUAGACAAGUGGUGCUGGGGAGGAGGAGGGUUUCAGAGAAAACUCUUGUAACACGCUGCAGUGAAACCGGCUAACAAGCAAACAAAAGAGGCAAUUUCAAUACUAGACAAAGAUAGAGUUUGUAAGUUGAUACAUGUCAAAGGACAUAUCAACUUGGAUGAUAGAGUAUGCAAGUUGAUUGGCUAGAAGAUUACAUGUUAAAAGGACCUAUCAGCUUGCAUAUUUAUGUAUUUUGACUCUGAUGCAUAGUCGAGAUGUUUAGGGAAAGUUAAAUCUACCUUUUGCUUUACUUAGCUAUGCAAGACUUUGAAAGUACCUUCGAUGCCCACGUACCUUCGAUGCCCACAGCUACAAAUAAAUUCAAAUACAGAAUCUAUGUGGUCACAGCAUUAUGUGGCUGAAUAUGGAGUUCUGUGGCAUAGGACAUUAGUGCAAGAAUCACUUUUAGUCUGAUUAAGUUAUUAUGUGUGUAAGUGGUCUAUUUAGAAGAAAAUGCCCUGAAAUAGUGAACUUGUGUGUGUGGGUACAUCUUGGUUUCCUUGCAGGGGGGUGUUCCGGUCUUCGUCCGUUUCUUUACUCCACUCCCAGCACUUUUGCCUGUUUGCCUCAAAAAUAAGCAAUCAAGGCCAGCUCGUACUAAUGGCCUUGGAAAAGGGUGACUAGAGAUUUGUGUGUGUGUUUGUGAGUAGUGUUUGUUCAGCAUUUAGGAGUGUGAAAGUGUGUGUAAAAGAUGUGUGUAUGGACCAAAUUUUGUGUCAUUCAUCAAAAAGCAGUUAAAACAGAGUGCAAAGUAUAUAUAACAAGCACUACACAACCACACCCCAUUUUUCCAAAGCUUCAGAAGCAUUAGGCCUGUACCCCAACAUCUCAGUACCCACCCUCUCUCUCGGUUUUGUCUAUACAUGUGGACACUGCAUGAAAAAUACAGAUCCAGUCCUAAUGCAAACAGUUUUACAUCCACUUGUGUGUGCAUACAUUCAGACAUUCGUACUUCGGUCUCCUGCUUUUAGAAUUUCUUUUUUGUGUGUGUGUGUGUGUGUGUGUGUGUGUGUGUGUGUGUGUGUGUGUACUCAAACAGAGUUUGAGUGCAAUUACUGAGAGUUCACCAAGAGGCCUGAUGGGAUAAUAGCAGUAUACACCAAUGUCAAAAGUCAGAAAAGUCUUUGUUACCCAAGUAGAAACUUACUCUUAGGGAUGCUCCUUGCUUUCUUAACCUUUAACCUAGCAAAUAAUGAGCAAGUAGGGAUGGGGUUGGUUGAUCUUCUACCAUCCUGACCCCAUGCCCCCGUAACCAGCAAAUCCCCCUAUGUGGCCCUUGUCCAGCGGGGACAGGCAGUGUGGAGAAAAAUCCGGGGGUCAGGCUCAGAGCUGCAGUGUGAGGGAUGGAGCUAUAGAGGCUGUCAGUCAGAGCUCCAUGCACAUGUCAAUCAGAGUGCAGCGGGGUGUGAAAAUGAACCUUUUCUAAGCCGCCUAAUCCAAAUGUAAAAACGCUCUACUUAAAAGCUGCAGCAUUAGAGCUUACAAAUCACUUACAUAAUUGAGCAAUAUCAAUGCUCAAUGCUGAGAACUUUUAUUUACAAUAAAGUUGUAAACGUUAACAUUAGAUAACCUGAACACAAUAGUUAAAAUGAACAAUACUUUUGAAGCAAUCUUUAAAAUUAAUCUUGGUUUAAAAUUAUACAUUUAUUAGACAAGAGCAUGCAGUGAGAAUGCUUUUUGUACUUACGCCGGGUUCACACAUCCUCCAUGAGCGAGGCAUGAGCGGCUUGUUUUCGUUUCGGCACCCAUAUUAACAGAUGACACCGUUUACACUGCAAGUGUGAGUCGUGAGGUGACGCAUCCCAGAAGUGUCCCAGACGUGGCAGUGAGCGGAUAGUUUCAGUAUUGAGCCUAUUUUUGCCAAGUGGCUCACACCGAAUUCAGCGGCUCUGUGUGCAGUACAACACUAAAAUAAUCAAGAGAUUAUUGAAAAGACACAAAAGCAAAUCAAAAUUAUUCAAACUGAACCAACAGUACACUACAAUUAAUAUGUCUGCAUGCAAGUAAACUCAAUAAAAUAACUUAAUAAAGGAACGAAUUACUAAACUGCCAGACUUUUUGCCAUUCCGUGUAUAUAUGUGUACAGUUUAGACACAACAUUAAACACAACCAAGUGUGCUGAUAAAGAUGAAGUGCACGUGACUGCCCGCUGUUGUCUUUGAAGCAGCAAUAACCUCAUCUUAUUAUGACCUUAUUAAAGAAUAAAUUUGGCAUAGGGCCCCAUAGAUAACUUUAUUUUCUGUGCAGAGGCGCUGCUGUUUCUCGCAGAAGAGAUGCGGGCAAUGUGAACGUCCAAUGCGACCGUCCGCUCGCGCCUCGCGAGUCGUGAGCAAAGCGUUGAGUUUGGGCUUUCACAUUGGCCGCAUCUCUUUUCUGGGUUCCUACGGCAACGGCGGACAGUCA